UGCCCACCCGGCGGAGCAGAGCGGCGCGCAGAGGCUACAAGUGCCGCGGCUGGGAAGGGGGCACUUUCUACCAGAGUCGUGCAGGGGCGAGCGCGCGGUGCUGGAGCUGCACAGGUGACCGAGGCGGAAGGAAACCUGACUUCUCAUUUGAGGGAUCCUGUCACAGGAAUGUGUGAGUCCUUGGAUAAAUUUGGCUUGGUGACAGCAGUAUGCUUUUUCCAGAGACACUGCCACUUCCUCAGUGCUCCUUUUCUGCCCUGACCUAAGGUCCUCAGUGUUAACCCUGUGGCAAGUCAGAGGAUUUUCCCUUUUCAUACUUUUCUGCUGCUUGGGACUUUUCCCCCUCUUUUGCCCCUUUUAGGAGGAACUGGGGCUGAGGUGCUGACAGCCAGGGUUGCAAAGAAAAUGGGGACUUUAGAAGCAGCACUCCUGGCAGUACAGUCUUAGUUCUUGGGUUCUUACCUAAAUUUGUUGCUAUUGGCAGAAUUUCUAGAAGCUGCUGGGGGAUAUCUAACUGGCUCCCAUGGAGCUCCACUACCUUUCUAAGAAGAGCAGCCAGACAGACCUGUGUGAUGCCAUGGAUUGCAGUUCAGGAGGACUUCCUGGUGACCAUGUCGAUGUAGCAGCCAUCAGGGCUGCUCUUUGCUGUCAAAAACACUGUACAUCUACACCAAGACUAACAGGGAUGGAAGGGUCUAGACCCAGCCCUUUUCCAGCAUCCCCUUCCUCUUCUCUGCAAGAUAGUACUGUUCAGCCAAACUUCUUCCCACCAGGACCCCUGGACUCAGGGAACAACCAAAUAACAGCAGAACGGAAAGUCUGCAACUGCUGCAGCCAGGAAUUAGAAACAUCUUUUACUUAUGUGGAUGAGAAUGUCAACUUGGAGCAGCGGAAUAGUAGGUCCCCUUCAGCAAAAGGCAGUAAUCAUCCUGGAGAUCUUGGCUGGGGAAAUCCAAGUGAAUGGUCCCAUGAGGCUGCCAUAUCCUUGAUAUCCGAAGAUGAAGACGACACCAGUUCAGAAGCCACAUCUUCAGGGAAGUCAAUUGAUUAUGGUUUCAUCAGCGCCAUCUUGUUCUUGGUCACUGGCAUCUUGCUGGUGAUCAUUUCUUACAUUGUCCCACGAGAGGUGACCGUGGAUCCCAACACUGUGGCAGCCCGGGAGAUGGAACGUCUAGAGAAGGAGAGUGCAAGGCUGGGUGCUCAUCUAGACCGAUGUGUGAUUGCUGGGCUCUGCCUCCUCACACUUGGGGGGGUUGUUCUGUCUUGUUUAUUAAUGAUGUCUAUGUGGAAGGGGGAGCUCUAUCGUCGAAACAGAUUUGCAUCUUCCAAAGAGUCUGCAAAACUCUAUGGUUCUUUCAACUUCAGGAUGAAGACCAGCACUAAUGAAAACACCCUGGAGCUGUCCUUGGUAGAGGAAGAUGCUCUCACUGUGCAGAGUUAAUUAUGAUUGUGAAUUUCUUGAGAUUGCCUUGGCAUUUUAUAAGAAAAAAGUUUCUUGUUUUUUGUUUCCUCCUUAAAAUUAACAGUGCAAUUUAUUUUCCUGGCCAGAAAAAGUUUCUCAAACCAACAGUCAGUGAGUGUUUUUCAUUACUUGUUUAGAAGAAAAAUUACGUAAGUUGUUUAAGAAAUCACAACCAGCUAAACCUAUCUUUCUGAGAGCUGUAAACUAAUCUUUAAUGGCUAUGAACUUCUACUUCUAUAGCAAAAUACUUCUAACCACCCAAUAUACAAAUGAUUUCUUUUACACAAAUAUAGGAUAUUUUUCUUUGGGUACUAGGAGUUCCCUCACAUCAAGGGAUCAGUUGGCAACCUAUUUUGUGAAAAAUAGGCACUAAUUGCAUCAUAAGGUUAACAUUUAAUUCUCAAAGGUGCUUACUCAUUUUCUUGCUAAAGUUUUCUUCUAAUUUGUCUAGACACUAAAAUACAGAUUUUGGAUGGUGUGAAUAUUUUGAAGCUUGAGGAUGUUGGUUCUUUUUAAAAAAAAAACAUAAAAAUGUCAAAUUUAAAAUUAUUCCUAUAUUCAGAAAUGGCAACUUCAUACAUCAUUGGAAUAAACUUCCUAAUAAAAAUUUUAAGACUAAGGUGAAAUUAACUCAGUGCCAGAUAUUCACCAAUGUCAUAUGCCCUUUUCUUUGAAAUAAAAUCAGUUGUCGAUAUAAAUUUCAUUUUCUGUUUUUGGUGUUGCCAUCAUCCUAAUACCUGUACUCUUUAAGACUUUGCUGGUUCUCACACACUAGAGAGACACAAUGUAAGACUUUUUAAAGGUAUCUCCAGACACCUAACUUCUAGACAGGUCUGAGUCACGAUUGGCUCUAGCAUGCUCUCAGGUGACAUACUGUUGUUAUCUGGAGAAAACCUCCAGAACAAUUCCAGGUAGAUCUUUGGGAAAUGUUCCUGGCAGGCUGUAUUACUUAGAGUAAGCCAUCAUCACCUCAGGAAUCAUUAAGCCCUCAGCCAAAAAAUUACAAUAGAAAGAGAAAGAACAAAACACCCAUUCAAUGGAAACUGUCUUCAGCACCAGAGCUCUCCUCCUAACAAAGAUCUAGCCAUCAACCUUAUAGUUGAGGCCCCAGUGAUUGUGCUGGGGGCCUCAGAAUGUAAGGCACCUGAUCUGUGAGAGACCUGAUGGGCAGAGUGGCCACAACUUUGCAAGACACACACCCAGUCUCCACAUUGACACUGUGCCUCUCCAUGGCAGUAGUUCAGGAAGGGGAUGGAGCAUGCAGCCUCGGCCUUGCACAACUGUUCCUUGAUUGGUCCCCUCACUACAAGUCCCUUGUGGGCAAGGGAAAGGGUUCCUGUAGGAGGGAUGGGCUGGCUGGGAAAUAUAAGCUAUGAAAUUUAUUUAUCAGAAACAAUGAUAGAAGGCAAAUUAUCUUUGAAGUAGGGGCAUGACCGAUUGAGCUGUCCAUAAGUGUCUGGCUCUGACAAAGGAAGGAGCCUGCGCUUGGAGACCAGUAGGAGCUCCUUUUGAGAAAAUAGGAUAGUGGGUGGAGGUAAGCAAGCCAUUUGGCUCUUGCAGGUCAUUCCCACAUCCAGGGCUUGCAUUUGAAUUUCAGCGGUGAACCAAUGCAGUUCCUGAGGCCAGAUCCUCCUGUUUAAUAGCUCAAUCAAGCUGGUUCACUUACAAGCCAUGGGUGGCUCCCUGCAGUCCCCAUGUCUUGCUAUAGGAGCUGUAACUUUUAUUAAAGUGUUAGGAGGAUCGGUGGAGUCAUCUUAAAGAGGAUUGGAACUGGGAAUGGGUAUGAGAGAACAGGGCCGAGGGAGUGAGGAAGUGAUUUCUUUGUAGCUUCUGAGGCCCAGCUAAUUUUAAGACCUGAAAUCUGUGUUGUUACUGAAGACUGUGGAACAUGUGGCUGACUUCAGCUGGCAAGGUGUGAGAGUCAGGAUGUUGAUGUGAAUCAGCUCUUGGGGAUGUCAGGUAGAUGAGUGAGGUGCACUAUGUGUUAUGAAGGGUUAAGAUGUGAAAGAUGAUGAGAGAGUGUGAAAAGAGGAUGAGAGAGAGAAAACAGGUAGGUAAAAGAAUCAGGUGAUAAUGAGAAAUCUUUUGGACAUGAGAGGAAACCAGAUGUAGCUCAGUUGCCUUAGCCUACAGAUGUAUGUGUGUAAUCAAUAUGUACUGGCUUACUGAUUCAGGAAGAAUUGGGACAAUAUAAACAUGAAUUUUUGUUUUAAAACUGGUUCUUUGCGCCCUUUAUGAAAACCGUUUUCCUGUGACUUUCAUGUCAUGGUUUGUAUUGAGGUCCCCUUAUCAGCAGUAUAAAUUUUACAUUCUGGAGUUUUAUAAAUUGUCCUGUUUUAGUCCACUCGGACCAUUUUUGAUGAUGUUUAGGCAAGAAGGGAACAAUCUGCUUGGAUGCCCUUAAGAAAGCACUUAAAAUACAUUUUUAAGUCUCCAUGUUUAUUCAUAAAGGCUAAGUGAGAUCAACUGAGUUUUGUUUUUAUUUAUUGGUGAGAGGAUUAAUUUGUCAAAUGGGAAAUCAAACUGAAUAAAUUUGUGGUCCAGUUUUCAGGUUAUGAUGGAGUAUGAAUUUGAGAAUCAAGUGUGAAGAGAUCUUUUCAAUUCUAUAAAAUUGAUGAUAAAGGAAAAAAAAGUGGAAGCUUUCCAUUUGGAACUAUUUAAUGAAUUUUUCAGUGCUACUAAAUUAUAUAGGUGUGAUCUAAAGGCAAUUUUUUUUUAAAUCUAUUUGGGAGAAGAAUAUAUUAAAGAGGGAGAGGUAAA